UAGAUUAAGUGGUGAUUCUUACUAAUAAUAUCAUCCACAACAUUUUGUCUUUUGGAUGUACGCGGUUGUUCCCUUUUCACUUGAUUAGAUACAGUCAUCAUACAGAAGCAGGAUUAACAUGUGCAUUCCAUCUGCAGCCUCUAAUUCAAGAGGAUGCACUGCUUGUAAUUAUGCAUGGGUCAAACCGCAUGGGUACCUUAAUUAAUGAGUCAAAUCUUUUGAUACACAACAGAGAUUUGCUGCAUGACCUUCUCUGGAUUUGUGCCGAUUGUGAUGGUAAACUGUAAAACACAGAUUUAAGACUGAAACACUGAAAUAGCAGGAGUGUGUAGUAGGAUUUUUUCUUCACUUGAAAACCUGAAACACCAUUUCCUGUUAUCAAUCUUGACAGGCAUCAACAGUUGAAAGUUAUCUUUUAUUCUAAUGUUUGCAGGGAUGGCAGUCUUUUUACUGACAAUGGUAACCAAUAUGAAAUAUAUGAAUGCCGGUAUUAGAAACUGAUUCUGACUUUGGUCCAGCAACUUGCAAGAUCUGGACCACGCCAGUGUUUGCACCUCCAGCCAGAUUCCCAGUUUUACGACACUCCACAGAUUAAUUCUCGCCCAAUUUAUGUCACAGUAAAACAGUGUAAAAGCCACACCAUGAAAAUAUGAACCAAAAACCGUAUGUACAAAUGAACAACCAUUCAGACGCCUUUUUUUGUAAAGGAUAAAAAAAAAAAAAAUUUAAAAAAAAAUCACGCUGAGUGAUGUCCUGCCAUGGAAAUGCUCACCAGGAGGUUAAGCACACAUAAAUAGGCAGAGAGCCUCAUUAGUGCGAAUGUAAAUAAAUAGAGACAGAUGAUGCAGACAGAGAGUCGAACAGGACCACGAGCUUCUGUGUCAUGUAAAUAUCUGCCUUGGCAAGCUAAGUCUCAGUGUGUCAACAUCAGAAUGAUCAGAAAAUUUAAGCAGUGGAGGAAAAUUUCCCAUACACCUACUGGCGCCAUAUUUGAGGAGAAAAGAUAGGAUCCGUGACUGACAGGGGGUCCCAAAUAUAAGGUUUAGGAAAAAAAAAAUGUUUUAAUUACCCAUCAUAAUAUUAUAACAUGUUUUCAUUAAUAUAAUAUGUCAUUAAGAAUACAGUAAUAGCAAUGUCUUUGUCUUUAUCCAUAUUGACCACCCCCUGUAUCUGCAUGAAAUGGUAUGGUCCUACCUGGGCCAACAGUCCUUGACAGAGGUUCCGUGUUAGCUAACAGAUAAAACGUUGUGUAGUGAGCGCUGCUGUCAUGAUCCCUGAAAGAAAAUCUAAAAAAGGACAGGAAAAAAAGCAAAGAAAGGGGAGAGAAAAGAAAGGACGACAGUGUGUCACCCUGUUUUUGUCGGAGAAAGACUCAACAACAGAUUUGUCAGCAGCCCUCUCUCCUCACACCCCUCCACAACCCAGUGAACCAUCUCAAGAAGGUCCUUGAAGUGGAAGGAUCAGAAGCAAGUUGGACUAUCAAAGAAAACUGCAAAAAAAAUUGGAAGUUUUGAAGGGGACAGCUUCAUGGUGGUUUGGACGUUAACAUGAGGACGACAAGAACCCCCCUGGAUCUGUGAUUGAACUGGCAGUGAGCCCAAAUCCUCUUUUCAAAGAGUGGAAGACCAGUCAAUGAAUUAUGAAUGUUAAACAAGAUGACCUCUUCUCAGCAGCAGCAGAUGAUGCGAGGUCCUAGGUGGAACCGGGCCUUGUCCGACCCUUUGUUUGUGCUGCUUCUGGCCCUCCAGCUGCUGGUGGUAGCAGGGCUGGUACGUGCUCAGACGUGCCCCUCUGUCUGCUCCUGUAGUAACCAGUUCAGCAAAGUCAUCUGCACCCGGCGAGGCCUGCGGGAUGUCCCCGAUGGCAUCUCUACCAACACGCGCUACCUGAAUCUGCAAGAAAAUCUCAUUCAGGUCAUAAAGGUGGACAGCUUCAAGCACCUGAGACAUCUUGAGAUCCUGCAGCUGAGCAAAAACCACAUACGCAAAAUCGAGCUGGGGGCCUUCAAUGGACUGGCCAGCCUCAAUACCCUGGAGCUUUUUGAUAAUCGCCUCACUACUAUCCCAAACGGGGCGUUUGAGUACCUGUCCAAGCUAAAGGAGCUUUGGCUGAGGAAUAACCCCAUAGAGAGCAUUCCCUCCUAUGCUUUCAACAGAGUUCCCUCAUUGCGGCGGUUGGACCUUGGGGAGCUCAAAAGGCUCUCCUACAUUUCUGAGGGGGCAUUUGAAGGGCUGAGCAAUCUGCGCUACUUAAAUCUGGGAAUGUGCAAUCUGAAGGAAAUUCCCAACCUUAUUCCCCUGGUGAAGCUGGAUGAACUGGAGAUGUCAGGCAACCAGUUAGCUGUCAUCCGGCCUGGCUCUUUUAAAGGGCUCAUCCACUUGCAGAAGCUGUGGAUGAUGCAUGCCCAGAUCCAGACCAUAGAGAGGAACUCUUUUGAUGACCUGCAGUCACUAGUGGAGCUCAAUCUGGCCCACAACAACCUCACCCUCUUGCCCCAUGAUCUCUUCACUCCUUUACAUCACCUCGAGAGGGUACACUUGCACCACAACCCGUGGAAUUGUAACUGUGACAUCCUCUGGCUGAGCUGGUGGCUUAAGGAGAUGGUACCAGCGAACACCAGCUGCUGCGCUCGUUGCAGCUCACCGACCCACCAUAAGGGACGAUACAUUGGCGAGCUGGACCAGAACUACUUUCACUGUUAUGCUCCUGUUAUUGUGGAGCCUCCCGCCGACCUAAAUGUCACAGAGGGAAGCGCUGCGGAGUUAAAAUGCAGAGCCAGCUCCCUGACCUCGGUAAGCUGGAUUACACCCAACGGUUCCAUCAUGACACACGGUGCAUACAAGAUCAGAAUCUCUGUGCUGAAUGACGGCACUCUGAACUUCACCAAUGUCACCAUGCAGGACACGGGCACGUAUACGUGCAUGGUCAGUAAUUCUGCAGGUAACACGACAGCAUCUGCCACGCUCAACGUGUCGUCAACGGAGAACAGCAGCUUCAGCUACUUCACCACAGUGACAGUGGAGACCAUAGAAACGCCACACAAUGAAGGCUUCACCACUACCGUGCAACAGAAGGUGGGCCCCACCCCCUCUGCUGGGAGUUCAUGGGAGUCCGUUUCACCCACCUCUACGACUACCACCACAGUCCGGACCCCGCAAUCCACCCGCGCCACAGAGAAGACUUACACAAUCCCUGUGACAGAGCUGGGUGGGGAGAGCUCCCUUAACGGCUUGGAUGAGGUGAUGAAGACGACCAAGAUCAUCAUCGGCUGCUUUGUUGCAAUCACACUCAUGGCAGCUGUCAUGCUGAUCAUCUUCUACAAGAUGCGCAAACAGCACCACCAGCAGAAUCACCAUGCACCCACACGCACCAUUGAGAUCAUCAAUGUGGAUGAGGACUGUGUAACAGGAGGCCCGGGCAUGGAGGGCCACCUGACUCUGCCUCCUCUUGAGCACGAGCACCUCAACCACUAUAACGCCUAUAAGACUGCAUACAACCAUGCCUCCACUAUCAACUCCAUACACAGCUCAGCGCACGAACCUUUGUUAAUCCGGGCCAGCUCAAAAGACAAUGUACAAGAGACCCAAAUCUAAUACAUUCUUUUUUCCAGACAUUACAAAACUGAUGGAAUUACAUAAAGACACUACUGACAGGACAAUACUGACAAUUGCUCAUGAGAACUAUGGCUCAAACACGAAGGUUUGGAAACACGGUCUGUUUGGCAAAUCAGUGACUGGUUAUGUUUAUUCAAUGACUUUGGGAAUUAGGGUAUGUCUACUGUUUCAAAAAGUGUCUUUACAAAACAGAAGUUAUUUAUUUAAGAAAAAAGUAUUGUGGUUAAAUCAAGAAAAAACUGUAUUCUGCAAUUAUUUUUUCAGCACUUAAUUCAUGUUUUUUUCUUUUUCUUCCUCUCAUGUCACGUGAUCGGUUUACUAAUAUGCUUUCAAACUCUGUUUGGAGACAUCUGUCGAAGAAAAACUCCUGAAGCAAAUUACUGUCAAUUUUUGGUAAAAAAAAGAAAAAAAAACUGCAGACUUUAGAUCAGAGGAGAUAGUAACCUCAUUUUCCCCGUGUAUCAAAGAAAUCUAGAGCACAUUAGUGAUCUUCUCCAGCUGUGGAUUAAGUGAUGAAAUCUUUUGUGACCAUCUGUAACUGAGAUGAAUUAAACAGUUGUUCAAUAUAUUACAGUGAGUGACAGAACUGUCAGUGACGGAAUUUGAUCAUAAUUCACUGUUUAAUUAAAUCUGUCACAUACGUAUCAGCCACUCUCUGGUCUGUCGUCGAUAGACUGAGGAUGUCGAGAGGGGGAAAUGUGUCCUGCUGUUGUAAAAGUGGAGGGCUCACCAUCAGAGAGACAUUUUAGUUCAAUUAAAUUCUAUUGAUUAACUAUGAAAUGAACUUACAUUUGUCUUUGUGUUCCUAAUGUAUAUGCAAUUAUUAUUUUAUCGCCCAGUCUCCGAUUGCUUUGACUGAAGAAGAGAUUAUUGUAGAGAACAUUUCUUUUAUUGCAUUUAGACACGUUUAAAUUCUAAAGGUUGUGAUAUGGGAGGAGCACUGAUGGGUCAUUUUGCAUCAAUAUAAUUGUGACUGAAAACAUAGGAGAAAAGUGUAAAGAUCAGAAUUCUUGUGGAAAAACGUAGCGAGGCUCCACCGCCUCAGCUGUCUGCAGUGUAUCAUGACCUCACCUUUACCUUACGGUGCUUUGUACUGUUGCAUAUGAAGAAGAUGAUUGCUUUAAAGCCACCCGUUUCAUGCUGGGACCCCAUACCUCAUCUGCAGCACUGCAGGACCGAGUGCUAUCAGAAGCAGACUGAUGAGCUUAAGAAGGAGCGGAAACCCUUUAUACAGCUGUCUGAGCGCGUUGCCUGUCAUCUGUGUGCCACAUUUCCACAUGGGCAGCGCCUGGCAGCCGCAGAUUCACACCCUGCCCCAGCCAACAUCAGGACUUGGCCCCUGAGCGGCAGGGCUUAUGCUGGGAGAGGAUUCAGGGGUGAAUGUGUGGGAUCGGGCAUCAACCAGAUGUUUGAGUUGCACCUGCCUCCCUCUCUCUCUCUAUCUCUAUCUCUCUCUCUCUGUUAGCGACAUCACAAUUUCCAUUUUAAUUGAUGUGCCCAUGGGCUUUGGAUGGACUCAGCUCUGCAGGCGCCCAUACCCUGGAAAUCAUUUCAAAGCCCCCUCAGUAAAAAAUGGCAGCAGGACGCAUUAAUGCAGAGGUUAGGCAGACAUUUGUCAGAUCCAACAGUUAGGCUGAUGCCCCGGGUUUAUUUUUAGCAAAUAAGCACAGCUUUUGAUCCCCUAAUCGGAAAAUAUAUGAAAAGGUCAGGCUACUGUCACGCGUAAUUCAACUUUUUCAUUAUAACGGAGUAUUACAUUUAGAAAUCCCAUGGAGGAGAACUCCCCAUUAAAACUAGUGUUUUAAAACGUAAGUACUAAGUGGUACUCCUACCGAAAUUCACAAAAGUGUGGUGCGAGGUUUCAACUUGAAUUUUAAAGGCUUGAAAAGUGCCUGCGACAAGUACGAUUUGCCAUUUCAAUGAUCUGAUGAUUUGAUGAUACUGGAACCAUGAUGGUUACAGUGGACUCCGUUGGUAAAGGUGGUUUUCACAGAACAAAUUAACAGUGAUCAACAAAUCCACAGAAACCUCUCAGACUGCUCCUGUUGCAUCUCUGCUGUCCACCUGUAUGCACAUUUUACCAAAACACAAGAUUGUCAAGCUAACUCAGCUAGCUCAGCUACAAGCUAAUGGCUGCCACAGCUAGUAGCAGUUAGCAGUGACUCUCCUGAUAUUUGUUUUGAGUAUGAAGUCAUCAGGUGGACAGAUCUAUAAAUGGACGCUUUUUAAAGCCCACAUGGAGAGAGUGCCUCCUUUUUUUAACCUUAAAGAAAAGCAGGAAACCCACACAGCUCCACGCUGCAGUGCUUUUGAAGAAGGGGAGGAAUAAAUGAGAUGCAGCAGCAGUUUGUCUCAGUAUCCCAUGACUAGGAUAUGAAAAGGAAAUCAAAUUAAACAGCAGGAUAAUAAUCUAAAGCCCUAUUCGCACCAGACCAGUAUUACCUGGGGCCCUCUUGUGAUAUGUAAUACAAUAAUUGCAUAGAUUAAAACAUGUUAAUAAUCUAUGUCUGUAAUCUGCUAAGUAAAAACUCUGUAGUUAAUUACCUUCCAUUUUUCAGCUAAUUCAACAGUCAUUUGAUAAUAGUGGUCCCGUUGUUAAACAGCAUCUUUUUAAUUUUCUCUUUUUCCCAUACUUUUUUCUCCCUUUUUUUUUCCCAGGUUCAGGCUGCAGUAGACGUUAUUAAUGGCUGCUCUGAUACCAUUUGGGUUGCAGAUGCAGGAGGAUAUUUAUCUCAGUUUGGAGACCCCACUGUAUGUUUUAAAGAUAAUUCGAUAAUGAGGAUAAUUCAGGGGAUUUGUUCAGUAAAUUUGAAUGAAACACAACAUUUCAUUUAUUCACUUUGAAUGUGGUGCACACACAGAUGGUAGAUUAAAUAACAUAAGGUUCCCAAGUAACUUUAGUUUUUAGACUGAAUGAGAUAAUUGACCACCUCAUAACAUGCUUUUUUUUCUUUUUUUUUUGUCUCACCAUGAUUACACUUCUGUGGAGUUUGGCACAUUUGUAAACCAUAGAACGAGCUGGGUGUGUGUGUGUCAUUUAGUCUGUGUUUGAGUUCCUAGUGGUGGGAUGUGGAUCACAAAUUCUACUCAGUUAACAUAAGAGAGUGUAACCAUCUGCCCUUCUUUGCCUUUAGUUGGAGGUAAUAAAUCGUCUGAAAAAUUUAAAUCGUAAAUUUGUUGCAUUUUAGUCGAGCUGUCUCAUGUAUGUAAGAUAUCUAAAUAUUUUUGGGUCAAUUUUUUUUUUUCUCACAUUCUUUUUCUUUUUGUUUUCUGAGAUUGAAUGCUGUUCUAGUGGUAGAUUUAUAUAUAUAUAUAUAUAAAAAAGAAGAACAUACAUUUUGAGAAUAAAACAAAACAAAAACAAAAAAUUUUUCAAUUUUGAUUUUACAUGUGCCAACAACCUGUUCUAAAAAGUGAAAAAGAGAAACAUGAUGUAAACGAAUAAGAGAUUGAUUUUCAUGUAAGCAUUCUUUCAUGACCUUUAAAAGAUAUGGAGAUC